AUGGCCGGAUUGCACGAGCCAAGGGAGGAUUCUCUCAUGCAAAGCGAUGAUAGUACGUGUUCUGCUUCGACAGACCGUACCCCUGAUGUUAUCUUUUUGGGCAUUGACCUCGGCACUUGCUACUCUGGUAUCUCGUAUGGGCGAUUCGAUCCUCAAGAUCUGGCUUUCCCUCGGUGCUGGAUUCAUACCGCAACCCUUGGUGGCGUCUCAGGAUCAAGGGUUCAGACCAGGAUCCCGGUCAAUUAUUACGACAAACACUUCAAAGGCCCCUUCCUAGAGUGGUUCAAAAUGUCCCUGUUCCGCAACGAGGACUUGCCCGACGAUGUCCUUCGUUCAAGCAUGUUCGCAGAACUAGCCAUCCUUCGCAAGAGGUUGAAAGUGUCGGCAGUGACAGCCAUGGCAGAUUAUCUCAAGCUCCUCUGGUCCGACUUUCAUGGAAGCCUUGACUACUCUAUGUAUGAUUUUGAGUAUAAUCUUGUCAUAACAGUUCCAGGCAACUAG